AUGGCAAAUCCUCCUUGCAACAUUGACACGGCUCCAUGCCCGGCCCUACAUUUUCUUGUCGUCGGUGGCGGGCUCGGUGGGCUCACGGCAGCUCUCUCUCUGCGAAGAGCAGGCCAACGUGUUACGAUAUUUGAGCAAUCCAGGUUUGCAAGCGAGACUGGGGCCGCUAUCAACGUUCCGCCGAAUGCCACCGGGCUUCUACUCCAUUUGGGAGUCGAUUUAUCUACUUCCGGGGCAGUGGAGCUGCAACAGAUAACCGGAUACGACAAAGACGGGAACGCUGUCAACAAUAUCAAUAUCCUGGCGGUUGACAAAAGCUGGCAGCAUAAAUAUCUGCUGGCGCACCGUGUUGACUUGCACAGCCAGCUCAAAGAUGCAGCGACCUCUGCCAACGGUGUUGGGAUCCCAGUCGUCCUCAAACCAGCCUCUCGAGUUUCAAAACUGGAUCCUCAUCGUACAACCAUCACACUCGAUGACGAUACAGUAGUCACUGGCGAUGCAAUUAUUGGCGCGGAUGGAAUCCAUUCCACGACUCGUGGUAUUUUGACGUCCACUCGGCCGCAGCCGUCGGGCAAAAGUGCAUAUCGUUUCCUUGUUAGCAGAGACGCGAUUCUUCAACUGCCAAAUGCUCGUGCUGUCCUGGCCAAGGAUGGCGAACUCGUGUUUUGGAUGGCUGCAGACCGACGAAUUGUCAUGUAUCCGACGCGAAAUAACAGCUUGUGGAACUUUGUCUGCAUCCUUCCCGACCCAACCUGGGAUGGUGCAGACGAUAGCUGGAAUCGAUCUGGCUCUCGGGAAGACCUACUCAAGGCAUUUGAGGGCUUCGAAGAGCGCGCCUUGACCCUUCUGCGCAUGGCUGACCCGGCGACUCUAAAGGUGUGGCGGCUCAUGGACAUGGGGGCGAUUGACGACUGGCAGACAGGAAACUUCUGUCUCCUUGGUGAUGCCGCCCAUCCGUUCCUCCCGCACCAAGGCCAAGGGGCAGCACAGGCAAUGGAAGACGCUGUCUCUCUGGGCGUCCUUUUCCCGUUCGGCGUCGAAAGGUCAGAGGUGCCUGCGCGGCUGAAGCUGUAUCAGCGGUGCCGCAAGGAUAGAGCCGAGGUCGUUCAAGAAUUGACGCGUCAAUCUGGCGCAGAUAUUGACCCCUCUGAGUCGGGCGGCAUGAGACUGGAUCAUAUUACAGAGUUUAUUCGCAUCAACUGCAAUUACGAUGAACUUGCCAGUUCGGCUCAGAGGCUACGCCUGUGGGAACACACGGAAAGGUCCAGGCGAUAUUGGCGCAUGCCAGUGUCCUUUGGGCCGUCGCCGGGCCCGCGCCAGUCGCUUGGUCCGUGGACCUGGAGGAACAGCAAAUCGACCUUCAUUUCGCGGACAAUCAAGUUCAAAACCUCGCGGGCCUCGCUUAGCACUCUCCUGCCAACUCCCGCCUUCUCCAUUCCGUCAUCAGACAGCUUUGCGUGUGCAUCCUAUGUGCAUACCUCACUGGAUAAAUUGGACUGGCUUGCGGGCAAGGGCUACGACUAUAUUGGUUUCUUCAUCCACGGGGUUCAAUUCGUCAAGAAGGAUGGCUCCGCUGUUAGUGGCACCUUUUUGGCGGUGAUGCUGGAGAAUCUGGCCGAGCCAAUCCUGACGGGGAGAGAGGAGCUCGGGUUCCCAAAAUUGUUCAGUGAAAUCAAUACCCAGCAGAGCCUUACAAGCUACCAAGCGCAAGCGAGCUGGCGGGAGUCUGUUUUUCUGAAACUUGAAUUGGAUGGUUUGAGAGAUGGUGAACAGCCUCGAGCAGCUGAUGAUUCCCGUUUGUUGCUCUACAAGUACAUUCCAGCGACCGGUGAGCCUGGCGUGGCAGAUGUCGAAUAUCCCGUAUGCGCUCCGCAGCAUCUCUGUCCCGGCAACUUUGAUCGAUUUCAGACGGCCACAAAGGCAAGGAUCAUGGUUGAGGAGCGAGAUGAAAGGGCUCUCCCUAGCCUACAUCAUGUUGCAUGCGGAUUGGCCAAGAUUCCAGUCUAUAAUAUUGUCGAGGCAAGUAUAGUAGAAGGCUCUUGUGUCGAUAACUUCUCGGGAGCAUAUAGAAUAGAGAGAACACAUCUGACGAGGUCCAUGGACGAAAAUGGCAAGCCUGCUUCACCCUCGCCGUACUAA